ACAAAAAAGAACUCAUUGUCUAAAAAUCAAAUUAUCAUUUUGUGAAGGAAUUAGGAAUGGGAAGAAAACCUUGUUGUUCUAAAGAAGGUUUAAAGAAAGGAUCAUGGUCUAAAAAAGAAGAUUUACUUCUUACUGAAUAUAUUAAGGAUUUUGGUGAAGGUACUGGAUGGAGAUCUCUUCCUAAGAAAGCAGGGCUACUGAGAUGUGGCAAGAGUUGUAGAUUAAGAUGGGUGAAUUAUCUUAAGCCGGGACUCAAUAGAGGGACCUUUACACCCGAAGAGGACGAUCUUAUUGUUCGACUUUAUACUCUUUUGGGUAGUCGUUGGUCCCUCAUUGCCGGAAGAAUACCCGGUAGAACAGACAAUGACAUAAAAAACUAUUGGAACACGAGUCUUCUCAAAAAACUCAAAGCACAAGGAAAUGAACCGCGAAAACACAAAUCUCAAGCAAAAAAAAGGAGAAGGAAAAAGGAAAAACCGAACGUCUCUUCCCAAAUUAAUCGAAAAAAUAACGACGAAAAUAAGAUGAGGAGGAAGAAGAAGGAGAAGAUUGUCGAAAAACAUAAUAUUGAAGAUGAAGUAGCAACAAAGAUAGAGGAGCAACCACAUACACAGGAUUCCACGCAAGCAGUAUCAGAUAAUAAUCACAAUUUCACUAGUUCUUCUAGCAAUCAAGAUGGCACAAGUAGUGCAACCUCUACUAGUGAAAUCCAUUCUUCAUCUCAAAAUAUUGAAGAUCAAAACCAAGAUGCAAUUUUUGAGAAUCUUCAAGUGAUAGAUGAAUUACUCCUCAAUGAUAAUUUCCUUUUUCCACCUGAAAAAUGCAUAGAGUUCAAUAAUAAUGAAAACCAUAAGUUAUUUGAGGAGGUCUAUGAAGAGUAUUUUCAACUUGUUUAUGAAAAUUCAUGUCAUUUUUGA